GCAGGACGGCUCAGUCUCCGUCCGGUCGCUAAGCUGAAAUCGAUAGAUCCCGUCGUCAGUAGAAGAAGCUUGCGCUUCUCGAGUUCGUGAGUGUUCCCCCCAAUCGGUAGGGCUCUGUUCUGGGACAACCAAGCAAAUCGCCCCAAGUGAACCGUACUUUUGAACUCCGUGACUGAACGGAGCCCAUAGGUAGAGAGUGAGAGACAGAGGAAGGGAUAAAAGGAAACAGAGAGGAAGAGAGUAGACAAGGAGUUGAAUCCUGGCAAGAGCAUCCCGUGGCCUGUGUAGCGCUCAGCCCACAAGAUGGUGAAGCUAUUGAUGCGUGCGGACACCCACGUGUCCUUUACCGUUCCAGCGGAAGAACCGGUUGCCAAGUGCACAUUUUCGCAGGUAUUGGCAGCACUAUCAGUAUCGCUUGGUUCCAUGGUUGUAGGAUUCUCGUCAGCUUACACCUCGCCGGCGCUGGUGUCUAUGAAGGAUCGCAACAUUACGUCGUUCGAAGUAACGGAUCAGUCGGGUUCAUGGGUCGGCGGAAUUAUGCCCUUGGCCGGUUUGGCUGGCGGUAUCCUUGGUGGGCCGCUGAUCGAGUACCUUGGUAGGAAGAACACCAUCCUGGCAACGGCCACUCCAUUCAUCAUUUCCUGGCUGCUGAUUGCAUGUGCCACCCACGUUGCGAUGGUUCUGGUCGGUCGUGCUUUGUCUGGAUUCUCCGUUGGUGUUGCGUCAUUAUCUUUGCCUGUAUACUUGGGUGAGACAGUGCAGCCAGAGGUACGAGGAACACUUGGACUGCUUCCAACGGCUUUCGGUAACAUCGGUAUUCUUCUGUGCUUCGUUGCCGGAAAGUACAUGGACUGGUCAGGAUUGGCGUUCCUGGGAGCGGCUUUACCAAUACCAUUCCUGUUGCUGAUGUUCCUCAUCCCCGAGACACCUCGUUGGUAUGUUUCACGAGGACGUGAUGAUCGAGCUCGGAAGGCCCUGCAGUGGCUCCGAGGUAAGAAAGCUGACGUAGAUCCAGAACUGAAGGGCAUCAUCAAGUCUCAUCAGGAUGCGGAACGACAUGCAUCUCAAAGUGCUAUGCUUGAUCUAAUGAAGAAGGCAAACUUGAAACCCCUGCUCAUUUCGCUUGGCUUGAUGUUCUUCCAACAGCUAUCCGGUAUCAACGCCGUCAUUUUCUACACCGUGCAGAUCUUCCAGGAUGCUGGAUCAACGAUCGAUGAAAAUCUGUGCACAAUCAUUGUCGGUGUUGUCAACUUCAUAGCCACGUUCAUCGCCACCAUGCUUAUCGAUCGAUUAGGUAGGAAGAUGCUGUUGUACAUCUCCGACGUGGCCAUGAUCAUUACCCUAAUGACGCUUGGUGGCUUCUUCUAUGUGAAGAAUAGCGGACAAGACGUUUCACAAGUCGGUUGGUUGCCUCUGGCAGCAUUCGUGAUAUACGUUCUUGGCUUCUCGUUAGGAUUUGGUCCCAUCCCAUGGUUGAUGAUGGGUGAAAUCCUGCCCGGAAAGAUCCGAGGAUCGGCCGCAUCAGUUGCAACGGCCUUCAACUGGUCCUGUACUUUCAUUGUCACAAAGACGUUCGCAGAUAUCAUCAAUGCCAUCGGAACGCACGGUACCUUCUGGAUGUUUGGAUCCAUUUGUGUGAUCGGUUUAGCGUUUGUGAUAUUCUACGUGCCAGAGACGCAGGGCAAAUCCCUGGAGGACAUUGAGCGAAAGAUGAUGGGCCGCGUCCGACGAAUGAGCUCGGUGGCCAACAUCAAGCCGCUGUCGUUCAACAUGUAGAAAUAUGUUACCACUCUCAGUGAGAAUGAUCGCGGAUUAGUCUUCAAUUGUUAGUAGGAUAAUGCCAGUCGGAUGGUACGCUCGAGAUAGGGAUAAAUCAGAACCCACGAACAGCCAUAGCAAAGCAUGCUAAUUGCUCCUUAGUAAACCGUGCCUAGAAUGUUCAACUUUAGCAUCCUUACUCGGAGGGUUAAAAUUGCGAGAUUUAAGAUUAGACAAACAAACAAGAGAUUUUUUGUGAUAAAACCAAGAGAACGAAAUCCAGACAGUGUCCCUCAUAGAGGAAUGGUUGACAAACAUUGACAAACGGAAGUA